GCGAUAGCUCGACAUAAACCACGUCAUUUCGGGGCUAAGCUAGGUAUUGAAGCCAGGGCCAGUGUUCAAUGGAAAUCAUUUAGAUCUUUUUAGCCAGCCCUCACAGGAAUUAUUUAAACCCGUCCAAAUAUGGAUCAACAUAUUUGACUCAGUUUGCAUUUAGUCUUAUCCUGUCUUUUCACAAUGACCAGUGAACGUAUAUACAGACGAGCAACUCUAGAUGAUAAAGAAGAUGUGCUUGCUAUAUCUGAUAAUAUUUAUAAUGGUCGGGAUUACCUACCAGAACUCUACGAUGACGUAAUAUACGAUAACGACAAGCAAGGAUAUGUUUGCGAAGAAAAGGGAAAAUUGUUGGGGUUCUUCUUUGCCCAUAUUGUUGAUAACAGCGAAACUAUCGUAAGAAGAGCCGGAAGGGUAAAACCCAGUCACCAGGGUCAGGGUAUAUUUAGAAAUUUAAUGGAGAAUAUGAUGAGUGAUUGUGCUUCGCUACCCAAUGUAAAAUCCACCUCUAUCUCUGUGGGUGGGAUACCUACAAAGCAGGUCUUAAAUUAUUUAAAGAGAGAGAAUUAUCGACAUGUACAGACAAUGAAUUUUCAUCUGUACAAGUUUAAUAUCAGAGAAAUACCAACGAUUUCUUGUGAGAACAACGCCUUGCUUAUCCAGGAAAUUACUUCCAACAUCUUGACAGACAUCUUGAAAAAUCAGACAUCACGUGAUUAUCUUUUCCCGGAUGACGUAGUUAGAAUUCAUAGUGUGCCGUUUAAACCCAUUAAAGCCAACAUAAAAAGUUUUGUAAAUAAAAGAACAUACAUUAUAGGCAGUUUCAAUAAAUACAAAGGCGAAGAAGAAGUAGAUAUUAGUGACCUUGACCUUUGUAACAUUCGUCUGAUGACCUUAGCAAGUUUCUAUACCUGUAAGGAUGGACUGGCAUACCAACUUGACAUAUUUGGGAACAGAACAGAAGACUUAGGAGAUCAUCUGUACUAUCACAUGCAGAAAAUCAAAACCAUGGCGAACAGUCACGUCACUUCUGGUGUAAUGACUCCUAGUGAUAUGGAGUUUGGCGACGUUGAGAAACAUUUCAAGCCUUACAAGCAAAUAUCAUUCUGGGAGACACACAUUUUCACCAAAACUCUGUAACGCCUUGAUUUGUCAGAAUAUAUAGUACAUUAACAAAACAAGUUUAAUUUUAAAAAAAUUAUUCAUAACUGUGUCCAUUGAGAGUGUAUAUCGGUUUCUGUUGAUUUAACAACUCCAUCUAUUGUGAUCAACGUCGACUGGUAAAGUACAUAUUUUUGAUUCAAUAUCGCACCAAUUCUUCUCAGAGAAACCUGUAAUAUACUAGUCGUGUACAUUAUUUAG